AUGCUGCUUUUUUCCUAAAAUGAGAAAAGACAAUAAAAAAUAAAAUAAAAUAAAAAGGCAUGCCUUUUAAAGGUCACAACUAUCAGGCCCUAAUGUAUUUUUCCAGAUUGGUUCCUUCACAGAGCCUCCCUCUCUCUGCUCAGCUUCCAACGCUCUCUGUGUCCCACUCUCCACCUCCUACAUCUCCCCCCACAACACAACUCACUGCUUCAAUACCAGACCACUUACAUACCUGAGCAUACCCUGCUUUCUGGCCUCCCUCUUCCUGCUUGUGCUGUUCCUUCUUCCCGUCAUGCCUUUCCCACCUCUCAUUUGCUAUUGCAAUCCCAUCUAUCUUCCAAGACCCAAUUCACAUGCCACCUCCUCCAUGAAGCCCUCUCAAACCCACAUUCCCUUUCCAGCAAACACCCAUUUCCCUGCUUCUGUGCCCUCAAGCCAGUUAUUAGCUCCAUAAACCACAGAUAUUUACAAAUGUUGAUCCUUCUAGGAUACUCUCUGUUACCAUGGGAGACUCAGCCCUCUGUGCCUUGGGAGGGUUGGAAGAAUUUGGCUCCCCUACUGGAGUGUCAGCAGCUUCCUGCCUGGAAUUUCCUCUCUCUGUAGCAUGUAUGCAAUAGGUGCUCACUAGGUGUUGUAAAUUAAAUCAAAUUUAGCAGAUUCCACCGAGGGAGUGGCUGCUGAGUUUGUGUCCUUGGCAGGGGGGUAUGGCAGGGAAGAAUGGGAACUGGGAGGAAUCCAAUAUCCCCUCUGGAGGGCCUGACAAGCAGAGGGUGACAGGGUGGGGACAUCCUCCCCCUGGCACAGGAAGAGGCCCCACAGGUACCACCGACCAGGUUGCACCCUUGCAUUUGAGCCCAGUCAGCCCUGCAUACAGAUCUCACCCUGAGUUUCAUAAAAUCACUUUAAUCCGUGGGCCAGAAAAGCUGGUUGUGGGGCCCCAGGCAAUAGCUCAGGCAGGAAACUCCCAGUGCACCCAGCUAGGCAGCCGAGCAAGCAGAGCCGCCUCACCAGGCCCCCGAGUGAGCCAGCCACUAGCCUAGAGAUAGAGAUCAGCUGGGUGGGUGGAGCAGGAGCAUCCUCAAAGCUGCCCUGAGCCUGGGCAGGAGCUGGGCACACCUGGCCUCCAGAAGGGAGAUCAGGGAGCACUUGCCCUUGACCAUGUCCUCCCCAAAGAUUCAGGCCAUUACUUUCUUCAUCCUCUCACUUUGGGAGUCCUGGCUGCAGUCUCCUGCCUCUCUCGAGGUCCCUGCUGCUUCUGAGGUGUUCCCAGGACACCUAGUCACGGGACUAAAUAGAACCAAGAGGGAGGGCACAUUCCCCAGAGACCACCUCUGAGCCAUGACCUCCACAAGCUGCAGAGAGAGGGCUUUCCCACUGUAGCAGGGCUAAUCCUAAAGCCACAAGAGGCCAGCAGCCUCUUCCUGGCAUUCCCUAUUUCACUAGAAAGACUGGUCAUUCUGAGCUUCCAGGGGCAGCAAACAGCUGGUCCUGCAGGUCCCUGCAUUUGCAGGAUCUGAAGACCUGAGGGUCCCCUGAUGCUAAGAGGCCUAGGCCCCUGCCUACCCAUCAAAGCCCCUCCCCCUGGGCAAUCCCAGCCACUGCCAGGAGUCUUGCAGAGGGCGGGGCUCUGAGUCAGUAUAAGUUUCCCAUCUCACCACCCAGCUGCAGAGUCACGCAAUGCUCCAGAAGCAGGUGCCUGUGUGGGUCUCCCGCUUCCCGGGGGACCCACACCAAGCAGAAGAUGGCAGGCCCCCAGCCGCCUGUACCUUGGAGGAGAGGCUGUCUCCAUGCCACCUGCUGACAGUGAGGGUCAUCCGAAUGAAAAACGUCCGGCGGGCUGAUGUGGUGAGCCAAACUGACUGCUUUGUGAGCCUCUGGCUGCCCACCGCCUCGCAUAAGAGGCUGAGGACCAGGACCAUCUCCAACUGCCCAAACCCAGAGUGGAAUGAAACCUUCAACUUUCAGAUCCAGAGCCAAGUGAAGAAUGUGCUAGAGCUGAGCAUCUGCGAUGAAGACACAGUGACACCAGAUGACCAUCUCUUGACAGUUUUCUAUGACCUCACCAAGCUCUGCUUCCGAAAGAAAACCCAUGUGAAGUUCCCACUCAACCCAGAGGGCAUGGAGGAGUUGGAGGUGGAGUUCCUGCUGGAGGAGAGCCCUUCUCCACCGGAGAACCUCAUCACCAAUGGCGUGCUGGUGUCUCGACAAAUGUCCUGCUUAGAGGUUCAGGCAGAAUCCAGGAGGCAGAAGAAUAGGAAAGUGAAAGACCUCCUGGUGACAGUGACAGAGUCCUUCGAGCAUACCCAGCGCACCUUACACCACCUGAACCCCGGCUGUCCAAACCCUACCUGCUUCCACUACCCCAAGUAUCUCCAGCCCCAGCUACACGUGGAGGUGCCCAAGAGCCGGUGGAGCUGUGAGCUUUGCUGCUGCUGUGUACACAAGAAGAAGAGCACUGUGUGCCAGCCCCUUGAUUGCCUCUCAGAUGGCCAGACGGUGACCCUAUCCUUGAAUGAGAACUGUGAAUUGCACAUGAAGUCUACACCCUGCCCCCAGACACUGGACGUGCGGCUGGGCUUUAGCCUGUGCCAGGCAGAGCUGGAGUUCCUGCAGAAGCGGAGGGUGGUGGCGGCCGAGGCAUUGAAGCAGGUGUUGCAGCUGGAAGAGGACCUGCAGAUGGACGAGGUCCCGCUGAUCGCCAUCAUGGCCACUGGGGGUGGAACAAGAUCCAUGACUGCCAUGUAUGGCCACCUGCUGGGGCUGCAGAAGUUGAACAUCCUGAACUGCGCCAGCUACAUCACUGGCCUGUCCGGGGCCACCUGGACCAUGGCUACCUUGUACCGCGACCCCCACUGGUCCUCUAAGAACCUGGAACCUGCCAUCUUCGAGGCACGGAGGCAUGUAGUCAAGGACAAGAUGCCCGCCCUGUUCCCAGACCAGCUCUCCAAAUUCCAGGAGGAGCUCCGGCAGCGCAGCCAGGAAGGCUACAAGGUCACCUUCACAGACUUCUGGGGCCUGCUGAUCGAGGCCUGUCUGGGGGAUGAGAAGAACGAAUGCAAACUCUCAGAGCAGCGUGCUGCUUUGUGCCAGGGCCAGAAUCCCCUGCCCAUCUACCUCACCAUCAGUGUCAAGGAUGAUGUAAGCAACCAGGAUUUCAGAGAGUGGUGUGAGUUCUCGCCCUACGAGGUGGGCCUGCAGAAGUACGGGGCCUUCAUUCCUGCCGAGCUCUUUGGCUCCGAGUUCUUCAUGGGGCGGCUGAUGAGGAGGAUUCCAGAGUCGCAGAUGUGCUACAUGCUAGGUUUGUGGAGCAGUAUCUUCUCCCUGAAUCUGCUUGAUGCCUGGAAUCUGUCCCACACCUCAGAGGAGUUUUUCCACAUGUGGACAAGGGAUAAAAUGCAUGAUAUCGAAGAUGAGCCACUCCUACCCGAAAUCCCCAAAUGUGAUGCCAACGUCCUGGACACCACGGUGGUGACGCCAGCAUCGUGGCUGUCCGAUACUUUCCGCAAUGUCCUCACCCAUCGGGCCUUUGUGUCCCAGUUCCACAACUUCCUGCUGGGGCUGCAGCUGCACACCGACUACCUCCAGAACAGCCAGUUCUCCAUGUGGAAAGACACGGUGCUGGACAGCUUCCCCAACCAGCUGACAGGGUCCGUGAACCACCUAUGCCUGCUGGACACCGCAUUCUUUGUCAACUCCAGCUACCCGCCCCUCCUCAGGCCUGAGAGAAAAGUUGACCUCAUCAUCCACCUCAAUUACUGUGCCGGGUCCCAGACAAAGCCCAUGAAACAAACCUGCGAGUACUGCACCGAGCAGAACAUCCCCUUCCCCAAAUAUGAGGUGCAGGAGGAGGACAACCUCAAGGAGUGCUACCUGCUGGAGAACUCCCAGGAGCCUGACGCCCCCAUCGUGAUUUUCUUCCCACUCAUCAAUGACACCUUCCAAAAGUACAAAGCCCCAGGUGUGGAGCGAAGCCCUGAGGAGCUGGAGCAGGGCCAGGUUGACAUCUAUGGCCCCAAAACUCCCUACGCCACCAAGGAGCUGACGUACACGGAGGCUGCCUUCGACAAGCUCGUGAAGCUCUCUGAGUAUAACAUCCUGAAUAACAAGGACAAGCUCCUUCAGGCCUUACGACUGGCGGUGGAGAAGAAGAAGCGCCUGAAGAGCCAGUGUCCCCUCUGAAGUCCCAGGGCACCUCACUGAUCCUGUGUCUGCUUCUAGCGUCAGAGACACAGAGCCCACCAGGGCUGAACCCACCCACACAGCUAGCUCUGCUCUCUGGCAGGGGCUGCAGGCAGGCUGGCCUGAGCUUUCUACCAAAAAACCAAAAAUUUCUUAAAGUUGAAAGAGACAGAGAAAAAGACAAAGGAAAGCAACAAAGGGAGGUAUUAGGGUUUUGUUCCCACUGGAAUUUUUUUAAACCUUCCCUGCAGGGAAAAGGGGUCCACCAGCCGAAAGCUCCCACACAUGCCUAAAGUGUGGCAAAUAAAAGCACGCCUGGUUUUAUGUACAGAAGAGGCUGGGACUUACCUGGUGGAUUAGUGGGUUAAAGAUCCAGCUCUGUCACUGCUGUGGUGGGGGUUUGAUCCCUGGCCUAGCGCCCUCACCUCAUUACUCCUCUCUGUUCAGGGGAUGCUCAGGAAGAUCUGAGAAGCAUUCUGAGUUCUCUGGAAACAGUGCUUUUUAAAUUUUAAGGCAAUGAUACUCUUGUGAUUUUUUUUAUAGGUAGUUGUAUUUUAUGAUUUUUAUUUUUAUGAAUCAGCAAAUUAAUAGGAAGCAUGACACUCAAAAGAUCUCGGUGGAGCAAUGGAAUCAUCCUGGUCCCUUUAACAACAAACGCAAACAGGUGAGGGGGUUUCAGCAGCCCCUCUGAAGCUACUCGGAGCCCCAGGACCAGUGUUCCCCAGGAUCCUGACCAGACAGCCCUGUCUGAGCAUCCAGCUCCAGUGAAAGGCAAGGCAGAGCCCGAACCUGCAGCUCAGGUUUGCCGAACAAGGAUCUAGGAUGCAGCUCAAGGAUAUCAGGUGGGUGCUGGUGCCAGGCACCACUCAGGCCAGGGGCCGCCACUCAUUGAUCAGCCUGCUCCAACAGCAUGUCUCAGUCCUCUCACCACCUCCUCUCUGGUUUCCAGGUGGGAUUAUUUAUUUCUAAGUGAGAGUCCUCUUAUUUAUUAUGUAAACACUGUGGCCAGCACAUCCCAACUCUUGAAGAGCCACCCUGAGAAAACAGAACUGGAAAGGAUCCACCCAGAAAGGACCAGGUUAACCCCUAGGAAGAAGCUCAUCCAUGGAGAUGGUUCCCAGAUGAAUUGCUGGGAAAGCCCUGGGACACAGAGAAGCCCAAAGUCUCUAGGGCUCCCAUCAGGCUGGGAACUUAACUAAAGAAAUGUGUAACCUGAGCCAUUGAGCUGCCGGAGCCCAUGGAAAGUGUGACCAGAAAGGCAUGUGGUCUGCAUGAAACCCAGCAAACCUGGAAGAUGGCCCUCUUUAUGGGCCACCAUGCUCCUUAAGCAGUCCUUUGGAUGUUACAAGAACUGUCCUCUGAUUUACAUCCUUGUUACUUAAAGUGUGGUGGGGAGCUGGUUAGAAAUGCAGAAUCUCGGGCUCCACCCCAGCUAUACAAUUAAUCAGAAUCUGCAUUUCAAGGAGAUUCCCACCUCCUCGCCACUGCCCCCAGGUGAUGCCUGUGUACCCUAAAAUCUGAGAGGCAUAGAUUGAUGCUAGACUCUCCCGUAAAGUGGAAAGCAUGAAUCCAUCAACUCCCCUGAGCCACUGAUAAACAGAGCUCCUGCAGAUCUGGUCCCCACUUCCAAAGGAUGCUGACCUGGGACGCCACCCCUCUCCUCCACCACAGCAGCCAGCUGCCUCUGCUUUGCCAUCUUUUCCUUCCAGCUGCAGCAAACAGGUUCUACUUAAACUAUCCGAGUGAACCACGGGGCAAGACCUGAGUGUUUAUUGUAAGGUGAAGGCAGCCCCACCCUGGAUUCCUCAAAGUAUGUAAAACAAGAUUUAUAAAAUCACUGUAUCAUCUUAGCAUGGAAUAAACUGGCCAUGUGGGUCAGUGCUGUCAACUCAUCUGCCUUCAUUACCCGCUGCUGUAAAAUAUGUGUAACUCCUGCCUGGGCUUCACACACACCUGCCAGAGGUGUGAGAAGGCCACUUCCAGUCCCACCCCCCUCCCCUCCUACAUGGGUGCCCCCUUCUUGUGAUGGGCUGCCCCUCUGUUUUAAUGAGGCCAUGUCAGGGACCAGUGGAGCACCAGCCCUUGCUGAUGGACGCUGUUUGAAGUUCAGAUGGUUUUCUGGAAGUGCUGAUAGAGGGGAAGGAAGGGCAGCCAGCUCAGCCAAGCAGCUACCUGAUACUCAGUGGUCCCUGAAUAGCCUUUGCUUUCCAGGAACGUAGAGAGGUAUGGGGGGGCGGAGGGAGAAAUGAAAAGAUUUCUCUACAGACUUGAGAAGUUAGAGUCACAUGGCUUCUGAAGCAAGGCUGCCAAGGAGUUCCCGUUGUGGCACAGUGAAAAUGAAUCCGACAAGGAACCAUGAGGUUUUGAGUUCGAUCCCUGACCUCACUCAGUGGGUUAAGGAUCCGGCAUUACCAUAAGCUAUGGUGUAGGUCGCAGUGCGGCUCAGAUCUGGCAUUGCUGUGGCUGUGGUGUAGGCCAGCAGUAACAGCUCCGAUUUGACCUCUAGCCUAGGAACUUCCACAUGACACUGGUGCGGCCCUAAAAAAGAUAAAAGACAAAAAAUAAAACAAGGCCACCAAUGUCACAGAGCAGGAGAUGAGUAAGGGCCACACAAGGAAUAAGGAGUGUCGUUGACUCCAAGAGGGGCAAGGGCACAGUGCCCUGGAGAGAACAGGGAGGCUUCCUCCCCAGUUUCCCUGCUAUGAUUAAGUAGAAUAUUAAGGCGUUCUCAUUGUGUCUCAGCAGUAAUGAACCCGACUAGUAUCUAUGAGGACAUAGGUUUGAUUCCUGGCCUCGCCUAGUGGGUUCAGGAUUCAGCAUUGCCAUGAGCUGUGGCAUAGGUCACAGAUGGGGCUCGGAUCUGGAGUUGCUGUGGCUGUGGUGCAGGCCGGCAGCUGUAGCUCUGAUUCAACCCCUAGUGUAGGAACCUCCAUAUGCCGCAGGUACGGCCUUAAAAAAGCAAAAA